AAUCGAGUGCUUUGUAAUAAUUCCCCGGCUAAAUCGCGAAAACACUUUGAAUCCAGAAGCUCCUACUUUCCCUAACAUAACGAUGAUGUUCGAAAACCGGUGAAGUUGAGUGCGAAACAAAUGUAAUUCCUUCAACAGUCUAGUGUUCGUACAAAUCUUUCAUCCGCCAUCUUUACCAUGUGGUGUGGGAAACUGGUAACUAUCGUAAUGUCUUAACACAGGGUACCCAAAGUACAAGGCAGCUUUGCGUGCAAGGCUCGCUUCAGCGCCCUUAAUAUAUGAUAUGCCCAUGCAAAGGAAUAAAACUAGAGAGAAUACAUACAGAAUAAGAUAACGGCAAUAACAUGGCUACUUCAAAUCCUCCGUUAACCGAUGAACAGUUUACUAAAGGCAGAUUUUCUAACACCGUUGCCAUUGUGACUGGUGGUGCUUCAGGUAUAGGUGAAGCAACAGUCAAGAGAUUUGUAAACGAUGGAGCGACAGUGAUUAUCUUUGAUAUUAACUCGAAACUGGGUGAACAAGUUGUGACAUCGUUGACUGACCUUGGUCAUCAGGUUGAGUUUAUGACAGUGGAUGUAUCUGAUAGAGACCAGUGUAUACAGGCUGUGAACACUGUAGCUGAGAAACAURGAAAAGUCAACUUUCUUGUCAAUUGUGCUGUGUACUUUGGAAUGAAAGGCAUGACCGCAAAGGCUGAAGACUGGCAUAAAACAAUGACUGUCAAUGUUGAAGGAUGUUGCAAUAUGGUACAGGCAUGUCAUCCAUAUAUGAUCAAAGCGCAACUGGGGCAACGUGCUAUAGUAAAUCUAGCGAGCAUUGGAGGACAUCGAGCUCAGCCUUCACACCGUUGGACUUAUAAUGCCAGCAAGGGUGCUGUUAUAACGUUGACAAAGUGCAUGGCCUUCGACUUGGCCAAAGAUGGAAUACGAGUGAAUUCAAUCAGUCCUGGUUUCGCAUGGACRGGGCCUCUUAUUCAAUAUCCRGAGAUAACCGAYAGGAAAGAGAUUGAAGCAGUAUUUGGAAAAUACCACAUGAUGAAUAGGUUUGGUGAGACUUCAGAGAUAGCUGCAGCUGUCACUCAUCUGUGCAGCCGUGAUGCUUCUUUUAUUACUUCUGCUGAUUAUCCUGUAGACGGAGGGUACCUGGGAAUGAGUGCUGAAGGACAAGAUAGCAAGAAUUUGUAAAAAGAUCUGUUGGACCCAUUGGCURAACAUGAACAAUACUUGUUGUAAGAGAAUAAAAAAAGCAAAAAUUUUGGUGCAAGAAAAUAAUUAUCCUUUCUUGAAAAUAGUUACAACUAGAUGUUAAUCUAGCGUGAAGUCGGGCUAGCCUUAAUAAAUUGCAGUGUAAAAUGGCAAUAUUGAGACGACACUGGCGGCACGAGAUAACCGACUAUGGACUUGUUCAUGAUACGUACGGUAAAAAGUAGUUUUAAAAUUAUUUUUCUAACAUUGUUAACACGCGGUUUGUGCAAAUCGAAUUAUGUAGCAGUAAAUUGAGUGGUCUUUGUGGCCCAAGGAAGAUGUUGUAAAUAUCGGGCUUCCUGUGCCCGAUUAGCGCAAUGUGACGUCAGUAUUGUAUAGAACGCGCRUAUAUAAGAUCAAUAAAACWGUGUCAGGGAACUAAARCGUCAAAGGUUUUCCAGACAUCAUAGUUAGAUAGUAGUAGAGGAAGAACUAAAGCUGGUCUAGCCUAUKGCUACCCCGACUAAUAGAAGAUACAUUUUUAUAAAAUAAAUAAGGGAGAUUUGUAUG